UGAUUUCUAUUUAAUACAGAAUGCUCGUGUCAACACAGUUUCUUCUUAUCAUUCCGCGAGUGAGGGAGAAUUUUCCUGCUUCGCGGAGUUUUCAUCAAAUAAAUUCUCGCAAGUGCCAGUUGAUAGUUUUUCUCGUUGAAAAGGUGCAGUGGGAGCUUUUUUAAAUUUCUUUUUUAAGGAUGAAACACGAACACAUGAAUAAGAAUGAAUUAUUGUGAUUUUUUGGUUUUUUUUUGAAGUGUUAAUUUGGAUUUUCAGGGAAAUCAUUCUGCAAAUAGAUCGUGAAUAAAAUUAAAACAAAAAAAAAGGUUUUUGAACGUUGAUAACCAUUUUAAAAAAGGUUUUCAAAGAUAAAAAAAAAUAUUAAAUGUGAUAAGAAAGUCUUGAGUGUUAUAAAAAUUUAACUAUUUAUUAUAGUUUUAUUGAAAAAUAAAAAAAGAUCCCAAAGCUCCCUGGAACUCUAUUUAAAGUUUUUCCUUUAAAAAAUGAUAAAAAAUUUUCCAAGUAGGAUUGAUUGUGUAAAAUUUCCCUAAAAACAUAAUUUUCCGCUUUAAUAUGAAUUUAAAUUAUCAAUUGAAAAGAAACAAUAAAGAAGAAAAUAACUAUUGAGAAGAUACAAGUUUUUCUUCUAAUUUAUUUUUCCAAUAUUGCGGAUUUAACUUUUUUUAUCCUUUCAGUUACUUUAGUUUUUCCUCAAAUCAUUUUUUUUAAAUUUCCGAUACCUAUCUUCGCGUCAUUAUACCCUUCAAAGCGCUUCAUACCAUGGAAAAUAAAUUUAUUCAAAGACUCUUCAAGCCCCUCUCAAAAGCUUCUCAAGUGUUUAAAAAAAAAAGAUUAUUUAAUAAAUAAAAAAAAUCUGUUUAUCUGUGUCGCCAUUAAAAAGAAUAAAUAAAUUUUCAUAAUGCAAAAGGAGUGAUUGCAAGAGAAAAUGUGUGUGGCCUUAUCACUCACAUGGAGUGCAUUCUCCUCCUGGGGGGAUUUGUCAACAUUAAACUCUGUGUGACUCACAGAGAAUCACGUUGGGCAAAAAUGCAGAAAAAAAUUUGCAAAUAUAAAAUUAUCUCUCCAGCAGAUCAACACCCAGUGAGUCUAUUGUGGCUGAAUGAAAAAAAAAAAUACGCAGUACUACGGGAGAGCUUUCCCUGAUAAAAGCAUCAUAUAUAUGUGUGUUGUACAUAUUUAUCCAAUGUUGUGAUAUCGAAAGUGGUACGCACCCAAGUUCAUCAUCUUGUUGGGCACUUCUGGGUCGGCGGUGUUAUCAAGGCAGCUGCUCUAUAUCUCCCUCCCAUGUGGCAGCAAAGCGAUAAGGCGCCUCCAUCCGAAUCACUGGGAGAGAGAUUCCGCUCCAGACAGCUACAGGACUUCAGUUGUGGCGCACACUUGACCAGAGUCACUCGGUGCUUCCCAGGAGACGUGCCUGGAUAAGGUAUUUUUUUUGUUCAAUCGGGCGAUGAGGGAUGCCUCGUGAGAGAUUCUAGCGAAGAGAAUUUCCGGCAAAUUCUGUGCUUUUUUGCUCGCGAAAGUGCUUUUCUUUUCCCAUUUUUUCUGUGUGUUUUGUUUGUUUUUUCGUUCACCCUGUUAAAGUGACUAUAUCGCAAUUGUAAACCAAAAAAAAAAUUGAGGAAAAAUGGAGGAAACUAAGGAAAUUCCUCUGAAUACGGAAGAGGAAGAACGAAUGCUUCAACCUCCGGCAAAAGAACAAAUAGUUCCUACGGCAAUUAUGCAGUUUACACCUGUUGUGGAGAAGAAAAGGACUUUCUUGGAUACACUACUUGAUAUUUUUGGAAGCAGCUCAUCCAAGGAUGAGGGCAAAGUCAGUGUAGCCAAGAAGAAGAAAAUCACUCUAUUAGCAAUUGUUCUACUCUUAAUGGGAUUUGUGAUAAGUGCCACAGGAUUCUUCAUCAUGUGGUUUACAGAACUCUACAAUGACACACUUAUAUCUAGAUUAGUAUUAAGAGAAAAUACAUUGGCCGCAGAAUGGUGGGCUAAUCCACCAUUGCACAGCUACUUGAAGGUCUACAUCUUCAACUACACCAACGUUGAUCGCUUCAAUGAUGGCACAGACGAAAAGUUGGUAGUCGAAGAAAUUGGCCCAUACGUGUACUACGAGAAACUCACCAAAGAAGACAUUGUUUUCAAUGAUAACAAUACGAUAUCGUACAGGGAAAAGAGAGUCAACUACUUUCUACCUGAUAUGAAUACUUGGUCAGACUUGGAGAAUAUCACUGUUCCGAAUAUUCCAAUGCUGACGGCGAUGAAGAAAGUCAAGGAUAGAGGAUUUUUUGUUCAAUUAGGCCUCAAUACAGCACUCUCAGCCACAAGUUCUACUGUUUUCAAGCAUCUGCCUGUAAAUGAAUUCCUCUGGGGAUAUGAGGAUGGACUCAUCAGUGUCUCAAAGACAAUGCUUCCUCCCGAAGAGCGGCCACCAUUUGAGAAAUUUGGUCUUCUUAUUAAUAGAAACGCCACAAGUCUGGAUAAUUUCACCAUUCACACAGGUGAAGGUGAUAUCAGGCAAUUGGCUAAAAUUCUCAGUCUCAAUGGGGAGGAUUCAAUUGACUUCUGGACAUCAGACGAGUGCAAUCUCAUGGGUGGGACUGAUGGUUCACAAUUCCCCCCGCAUUUGCUGCAGAAGAAAGACCGACUGGAGCUCUACAUUAAGGAUAUGUGUCGGAAAUUUCCGUUGGAGUAUGAGAAAGAUGUGACAGUCUUUGAUGGGAUUCCCGCAUGGCGCUACAAAGCACCCGAUGAUGUCUUUGCAAAUCCCAAAGUUAAUCCCGAUAAUCAGUGCUACUGCCACCAAACGGCGGAUGAAUGCCCCAAAUCGGGACUCUUCAAUUCCUCCAUUUGUGCCUACGGUGCCCCAAUUUAUCUCUCCUUCCCGCAUUUCUACACCGGAGAUGAGAGGCUCUAUGACAAAAUUUCGGGAUUGCAUCCAGACCCUGAGAAGCAUAUGACAUAUGCAGAUAUUCAUCCCAGAUUAGCUUUCCCCAUAAAUGGAGCAUCGAGAUUCCAAAUUAACGUUGAAGUCUUCCAACCGGCAUUUACGUCAAGUCUUUAUCCUCUGAAGGAAGGCGAUAUCCUACCCGUUUUGUGGCUAGAAGUAGUUCCUGGUGAAUUCUCAGAUGAACUCAUCUCGCUCAUUUUCCACAGUUCCUUCAGUGCGAACGCUGUUCAGAUUGGUCUGAGAUACGGCACGCUUCUCCUCACGGCCACCUUCCUGGCCCUACUCAUUGGCGUGUGCUGGCACCGUGGCAAAAACUCCAAGCAAUAAAUGAAAACGAGAAAGAAAAAGAAGAAAAAUUCCAAAUCCAUCCACCGUCUCCUGAAAAAUUAUUCCCAGGAAGUAAUUUAUUGGAGCACAAGAAAUCACAUCGUGUGCUCCAUGCAUCCGGGAGCUAAGUGAUUGCAUUUCUCAUGAGGCCAUCUGUUCAUUCACGUUCCCCGUCGUAUAAUGUUUAGUUAGAUUUAUAAUAAGGUUCGUUUGCAAUUGAACAUCAUUAAAGAAAUUAGAUUCCUAUCAGCUAAAGUCGUCACAGAUUUUUAGGUGAUGUUGUGUACAUACAAAAUACUGUAUAGUAAGGUUUUCCGCAGAUUCUGUUGAUGAAAAUGAGAAUUUUAUACUAAAAAAAAAUAAAUAUAUAAUGCUGUUGAUCAGAA